CUAUAGCAACCAUUUAUCAACAGGAUGCUGUGGAUGUAGCUACCUUGCUGUGUCGGUAUAAAUUACUUUCUCUCAGUAGAAAUGUCUCGAGCUCACGCAGAAAGCGUGAUUAAAAACAUUAUUAGUGAAAUAGUGCAGGAGUGUGCAGUGAGAGGACAUGUGGUGUCGGAAACUUUGGUGGCUUUCAUGGUGAAAGCUGUGGUGCUGGACCCAAGAAAUGGGUUUAAUGUUGAUCGAUUACUGACCAAACAAGACGUCCAGAAACUUGUAAAGCUGUGUCUGGAAAAACUAACGGAACAGUGCAGCCCGUCCCUUGACACAAUCAAAAUGCAAGUGUAUUUUGAUAUGAAUUACACCUCCCGACGUGAGUUUCUUGAGGAAAUCCAUCGGGUGGUGGAGUCCAGGCUGAGUCCAGUGAGGAGAGAGAUCACCGACAGCAGGGUGAAAACACGGGAGGAAUUAGAUGCUUUGUACCGUAAAAUCAUCACCUUUGUCCAGCUGUACACUGGCAUGGGCUCACCUAAAGAUGACAAGGAUGUGCAACAGGCUGCAGCUGCCCUGCAGAGUGUCUUCCCUCAGAUGGAACUGGGAGCCUUCAUGGUGCUCUUAAAGCGGGACAAGGAGCAGCAGCUCAGUGAGCUCGCCAUGCUUGUCACGGGGAUCCGACUCUUCAACAAAGCCAGCAAGAAGGAAAGCGAGGAGACUGACAUCCAUGAACUAAUGCCCGCAAUCCUUAAUGAAGCUCUUCCAGUGACCAGUAAAAGCAUCGAACACGAGCUGAGUGUAUCACAGACUUUGGCAUGGAAAUACACAGCAGUGCUGGAGAAGCUAACGGACCCUGACAGUCAGCCUGGAGAAUGUGACGUGCCAGUUGUCCUGCUCAAACAUGCUCUCUACAACAUCAGGCAGCACGAAGUUUUUCUCAAAAUGUUACUGGCUGAUGCAAGUUUAUGUGCCAAGCAUGUUGAAAGCCUACAGACUGACCUCUCAUCAAAGAUGAAGCUGCUAAAAGAAACUGUGCAAUCAAAGACAGCUGUACCGACUGCAAGAGUUUUUCCACUGUUCAAGUCCCUGUCAAAGGUGUGGUCUGGACUUAAGGAUGAGGCUGAGCUGCUGAACAUUCUUAGUAACAUCAUGCACAACCUACAGCCCUUCAUUGCCUCUCAGGCCAAGAUUUUUUCGGAGGCUUUUUUGGACGGUCUUCUGGAGGCAUCAGAGGUGAAGACAGACGAACAGAGAAUGACUGAGUCCUCAGAUGAGCGUAUUGUUCCAGCUGAGAUGAAGACACAGGAAUGGCUCCUGCCUGAAACAACAGCCAAUUUUAAUGAGCUGUCGCUACAGUACGAUGGAGUCUGUGGCUACACGCUUGUGAACAGCGAUGGGCUUCUACUUCCAGGUAAUCCACACAUUGGAGUCUUUAAACACAAGGAGAAGCUCUAUGUUUUUAGGUCCAAAGAAGCUGCCUUAAAAUUUGCCUCUAGUCCGGGCGACUUCAUUGCAGAGGUGGCAGAGAAAGCCAAGCACUCCCCUGAACUCAUUCAGCUCCUCAAACUCCACCAACAAUUUUCCUGCGUCAGUCCUUAUGCAGAGAUGCAGCCAGGAGAGAGGUUAUUGGUAAAGCCCAUCACCAAGUGUGAGAGCGGCACACAGACAGACAUCCACCCAGUGGAGACAAACAUCGUCAAGUCAUACGAGUGGAAUGAGUGGGAGCUGCGUAGAAAAGCUAUCAAACUGGCUGAUCUCUUGACCAAAGUGACACACUCGGCGCAGACUGAUCUGAGCCACAUGAGACGGGAAAACGUCACUCAGACCUGGCUGCCCAAGAACGCUGCCUGUCAAAGCAAGAGAGACGGUGAGAGCAGCGUGCCCAAACCUCAGAUCUACCUGGCUGGUCUGAGGGGACAAAGAGACGGAAACAUGGUCAAAACAAACCUGACCAGGUCGGUGGAUGAAUAAUUAGAGUGUCCAAGAGAAAAACUAAAAUAAAAGUUCACGUAAGCAUGUUAUUGUUUUG